UCACCCGCACAUAAAACACACCCUCCCUCCCUCCCCCACUCUCUCUCUCCCUCUUUUGCUGCAGUUAGAAGUAUUCCGGCGGAUUAGAGUUUUCCAUUUCUCUCUCUACUUUCUCUCUCUAGCUUCUAAGUAGCUGGGAGGGUUUUUCAGGGGGAGAAUUUCAUCUCAGGGCUUGCAGUUGCAGGAGCAGAGAGCUGCCUCUCUGUUUGAUCUGCAGAAUUUUGAGGGCUUUGGUUAUAAAUUACCAUUGGGUUUGCUUUAAAAUUUGCUGGGUUUUCUUUCUGAUUGAAAUCUGAAUGGAGCGAGACUUCAUGGGUUUGAACUCUAAGGAUUCUCCAGUUGUUGUCAAGGAAGAGGCUGAUGAAGGAUGUAAAGACACAGCCUUUUCAAAAGGUUCAGGAGCUCAAUGGCCCAUGUCAAACAAGGUCUCUGCUCUUCCUCAUUUCAUGUCCUUUAAGGUUGCUCAAGAUGAAAAGACUGCAAAGGCCAUGCCUGAUCCCCUUGCAUCUUCUGGAUUCAUGGCUCUAUCAACUCCAGAUGCAUUUGAAACCACUCACAAACGCCCCUUUGGAGAAAUGCAGAAAAUACAUAACGGAAAAGGCGGCAGUCAUUUUUCAAUGACAGCUUAUCCAUUGCAACACAAUGCACUUUCAGUGCAUAUUGUUCCUGAUGUUAAGAUUCUUCCGGCUACAAACCAACAAACUGCAGUUCCCGUGCGCAACUCUUUCUUCAAGCCCCAUUUUGCCGGGCCUGGUCACAACAUUGCUGGUGCUGCCAUGAAGCAUCAGUUAUUUGGAGGAAUCCCCGCUACUGGUCCUCAUUCAAUGCUUCCUUCUAUUGGUUCUGUUUCAGGAGCCAUUGAACCAUGGUUCAAUUCCAAGUCCUCUGGGGCUCCUGCUCAAUUAACCAUCUUCUAUGCUGGAACCGUGAAUGUCUAUGAGGAUAUCCCCCCUGAGAAGGCUCAGGCUAUUAUGUUUUUGGCCGGUAAUGGAAUUGCCUCUGCUUCUAGCACGACACAGCCAAAAGUUCAUGUUCAGGUCUCCAAACAGGCUGGGGGGGAUGGUGUUAUUGUCAAUCAGCCGAAUAAUGCACCACCUAGCUCUGGUCUUUCGAGCCCCAUGUCUGUGUCUUCACAUCCAGUUGGUCAGCCCGGUAAUACAUCUGUUAUCAAUGAUGAAGUAAUGGAUGUCAAACCGACUGGACUUUUGGGCAUUCCAGUCAACAAGGUUGACCUACCAAAAACGUUCAAUUCACUAGGACCUCUUACUGCAACUACCAUGGUACCAGCAGCAGUUCCACAGGCCCGCAAAGCAUCUUUGGCUCGUUUCCUUGAAAAGCGCAAAGAAAGGAUGAUGAGCUCAGUCCCGUACCACCUCAGCAAGAAAUCUCCCGAAUGUGCCACUGCAGGGUCAAACGAUGCAGCUUCUCCAUAAGAGCUGGUGCAGGCUCCGGUUUUCUCUCAACUAAUAACGAGAGAAAGCUAUGCCAACUGCCAAGCAUAGAAUGUAUCGCAAAUGUAUGGCGUAAGAUUACAUGUUUUCCCACUGGAUUCUGCUGUCCUAUUCUCUUUUGUAAUUCCGACUUGAUAGACCUUUUACUAUCAGCAAAGUAUUUAGCAUGAAGCUCUUCUAGUGUCAAUUCAUCGGUUUCUUAUCUUAUUUGUUCCUGAUUGUAGCAAGAUCCCUUGUACUCUUGACAAUGUAACAAAUAGUACUCUAUUACAUUGCAAUAAAUAAAUUUGUGGUAAUUUAUGUGUA